UUUCAAUGUGAACUCAAAAGAAUGGAGAUGGAGGAAGAUACACUAUACCUGCAAUUGCAUAAGCUAUCGGCCGUAAAGUCCGAGGAAGCUCUUGACCAGUUCGUUUCCACUCUUUGGCAAACCAGGAAGACCGGUCUCCGUUCAUUUCAAGACAAAUCCAACUUACAGUCUCUCCUCAAUCUCCCCUCCCUCUCCGACCUCGAUCCCGUUCUAGCAUGCGUUCGUUCGCUUAUUAGAAAAUGGGUAUACGAAAACUUCACCGGUGAUGAUCUUCUGAAGCUGUUUCCACCCGAUUUGUCGCUAGAUGUUCAGAGCAUUUUGUUAGUUUUGUUCCAAAAGUACCAGGGUCAGUGGAUGGAGGAAAUAUCCAGUGAGCAGCGUACAUUGCCGAGUACCUAUGUUUCCAAUCAGGAUAAAGAAGGUGCACCAAAAUCUUUCACACCUUUCUCAUCUUUGAAUAUCUUGGCACCACUGUGGCCUCGUCAAGAUGAUCCUAUCUACCGAUUGAAUCAAAAUGAACUUGGGGCUUCAACACCAAUUGCUUCUGAUACUAAUGUUUCACGGCUGGCUCCCAUAACUCAACAGCACAAUGUUGUUCCUCCUGAAAACCUGAGAAAUCUACCCCGCCUCAAGUCGAUGACGUGGACCAUGGAGAAUGGGAGUUCAGUGCAACCUAAUAGGUUGGCUGUUGUCAGUCUUAAGAUGCAAGACUACACAAAGUCUACUUUGGGGGAAAUUGAGGUGAAGUUUCAACUAACUAAAGAUACACUUGAAGCGAUGUUGAGGUCAAUGACUUACAUCAGUGAGCAACUCUCUGGAAUGGCUAGCACUUCCUCGGAGCCAAUGCAGAAGAAACAAAAGCAGUAGGAUCUGUUUCUUAGUUAAUGCAGAAGAAAAAAAGGCAGUAGGAUCUGUUUCUUAGUUCACAAUUCCGAGUGCUUUAUAGACUAUCAGCAUCAGUAGCCCAAAUAUGUGUAUGUAACUCCAUUAGGUCAAUAUCACAAUUAAUUUCAACUUGUUUUCACAUUUUGCAUCAA